AUGGAGGGGAGGACCAUCUCCCAGAUCUGUCACCGCUGGGCCAAGACUGUCGACCCCAACGUGCGCAGGGGGAAAUGGAGCGUUGAUGAAGACAUUGCCCUGCUGACAGCGGUGGCCAAGUUUGGUGCUAAGGACUGGUGGAAGAUGUCCAGACUUGUUCCAGGCAGAACAGAUGCACAAAUUAUUUCUGUUGAUUCAUUGUUCUUGCUAAAUCUCCAUGUCCAGUUUGAUGGUGUUCAGACCCCAAGUGCGUGUCAGCUGCAGUGGCAGAAUGUGGCACAUCCCUCGAUAAACAAGGAAAACUGGACUGAGGAGGAAACAAGUCGUCUGGAGGCCAUAGCUGCUGCACACGGCGCUGAGGACUGGGCAGGGAUAGCUCAGGAACUGGGGACCGGCCGGACAGCUAUCCAGUGUCUGCGGAAGUACCAGACAGAUAUAAACAACGAACUCAGGAAGACGAAAUGGAGUCCUGAGGAAGAUGCUUUGUUGACAGAGCUGGUGGAGAAGCUGAGACUGGGAGGCUACAUUCCUUAUCAACAAAUUGCAUACUUCAUGGAGGGGAGGACCAUCUCCCAGAUCUGUCACCGCUGGGCCAAGACUGUCGACCCCAACGUGCGCAGGGGGAAAUGGAGCGUUGAUGAAGACAUUGCCCUGCUGACAGCGGUGGCCAAGUUUGGUGCUAAGGACUGGUGGAAGAUGUCCAGACUUGUUCCAGGCAGAACAGAUGCACAAGUCAGAGAGAGGUACAUGAAUGUGCUGGAUCCUGAGAUCAAAAGAGGCCCCUUCACUAACUACGAGGACAAACAAGUCAUGGGACUCUAUGAAAAAUAUGGACCAGCAUGGUCCACCAUUGCUAAUGAGAUCCCAGGACGGACAGACAACAUGGUCCUGAGAAGGUUUGAGAUGCUGUUGAAGCAGAAAAAUAUAACAUACCUCCCGCUGGUGCGUAAGCCCAACGCACCGGUGGAGCGCCACUCGGACAGGAUGAUGGCUAAGUACCUGGGCAUGUCUGUGUCGGAACUGUUGAAGAGACGGGAGAAAAGACUGGCUGUCAAGGAGGAGCAGGGAAAUGAGCACAUGUCAAUAAAGCCACUGGAAAACAAGAAGCCAAACAAAGAGAAGCUCUACCGCCUGAUCGAGCUGUACAAGGAGAAGAAGAGAAAAGAACUGGAGAAUCCUGAACCUGAGCAGAAACCUGAGGACAAAACCCAGAAGAUCCAUCUUCUCCUCACCACGCAUAAGAAAAGGGGAGGUCAGCCACGGCGUGACCCACGGUUAGAUAUAGUGGAGGCCGGGAUUCUGGAAGUCCUGAAGCCGCCUCCAGAAAAGGUGGUGAAACUAGCGUCAGGGCGACCACGUCGUCACAAGACCAACAAGGAUGUGUUGGUGAAAAAGCUAGCCGCAUCCGCCCCACCCAGCAAACUGAUCUUUACCCGUUUACUGAAGGCCCUACACAUAGACAUCUCUGGUGCCUUAAGCAUGAAUGCCAGGAGCAGCAUAGUGCUCUUACUGGUGCCAACAGUUUCCGUAGCUACUGGGAACCAACCAGGCCAGCCUGCCACACUGCUGCCACUGCAGCAGGUCAGGACAGCCUUUCCAGGGAUUCAGGUCCUCCGAGCACCAAUCCUGCAGCAAACACCUGCCCCAGUAGGAGCACAAGCUGUCCAGAAGGCUAAACCAACGGCAAGUACCAGCAUCAUUCCACCGGCUAGUCCCUCUACUGCUCCAGCUUCCAAAGGUGACAAAAAGCCUGGUCCCAGUGCUGUUUCCAAAGACGGUACGAAAUCUGGUUCCGCGACUGUUUCCAAAGCUGCCUCCAGUGCUGCGUCUUCAAGAAGUGCCGCUGCUGGAGCCAUGGCUUCAGCUGGAUCCAGUGCUACAGAUGGUCCUACUGCUGCUGUCCCAGCUAGUCCCAGUGGCACGGCAACUAGUACUGCUGAUAUGAGCAAUGCUUCUACUGCUGUUCCAACCACUAGUACUGGACCUAGUGCUGUUCCUACAGGCGGGACUGUGUCAAGCACAACCAAACCACCAGCAGCCCUCCCUCAGGUUGUGAAUGUGAUGAUGACCGGGAAGCCAGACAAACCAGGAGAAAAGGCGCCGAACGUCGGCCAGUUUCUCAUCGUGCUGCCUGCAGGGAUGAAGAUGGUCCGGCCCCCCACCUUGAUGCCUGCUGUGCAGUUACAGCCAGUUACACCAGGUGGCGCUGCUCAGCAAGCAAUAAGGCCUCCUCUGCCCAUGCCCAGCUGCAGCACAAGUAAUACUUCACAAGGGACUGGUAUCUCAACAAACACUACACAAGAGACUGGUACAUCAAUGGACACUACACAAGGGACUGAUACCUCAACAGCAAACACUACAAAAGAGACUCGUAACUCAGUGAAGACUUCACAAGGGAUUGGUACAUCAACAGACACUACACAGGGGAUUGGUACCACAGCAAACACUACUCAUCAUCAAGGGACUGGUACCCAAGUGAACACCACAGAAGAGACUGGUACAUUGUCAAAUGGACAAGACAGGCCAGAGGGGCUGGUAAGCUUGGCACAAGUAGCAGCAAAGGUGGCUGCUGACAAUGAAGCAAAAGAAGUCUCGGCUGGAGAAAAAGACUCAACAAGUAGCACAACUCCAACGAGCAGCCCUUCAACCACUCGUAAGGUACCUAAACGGAAAACUCGAGCAUCUACCAAAACUCCAACAAGUCCGGCACCAAAAUCUUCUUCCUCUGCUGCCACAAAGACACCACCAACUGUGCCAAACAUCAUACGGUCUUCUAGAUCUGCUCCUGCUACGAAGACGCCACAAACUGUGCCGAACAUCAUACGAUCUUCUAGAUCUUCUGCCACUGCUCCUGCUACACAGACACCAGAAACUGUGCCAAAAGUCAUACGACCACAACCAGCUAAGUCUGCCACAAAACAAAUUCUACAAACCAUCCCUAUUGUUACCAGAGCUGCCCCCACUGCCACGGUUCCAGUACAGAUCGCCCCCGCACCGCAACGUCCUACUAGCCAGGGAAAGGUUGUCAGGGCAUCCAACAGGAAAGUGUCCAAGGUCGCGCUCCUGGCCCCGAACUCUGCAACCUUGAACGGGUUCAAGUCGUUGUUGCUGGGUCGUAAGAAACUGGUGGCUGAGUUUGAGAAGCUGCUGUCAGUUAGACAUGCCCGAACUGCAGGGCUAGUUGUUGGGCCCCAGAGCCAAAGUGCUGCCAUGGCCACACCAUCCAGGGCACAGGGCUUGGCUGGGUUCGAUGAUUCUGCAUCUGGCAGUGAAACUUCUCCAAGACCAGUCAGAACAGAGCCCCCUUCAAGGCUUCCCAGCUCUGUUGUCAACCCUCACAAGGACAGCUACUGUUACAACAUGCUGAAAAACAGAUUUGAUGCCCUGUUCCUAUGGCCUGCCCUGCUGUCUACUGCCACAGUGGAUGUGAAACCACCACAGAAGGCCAAGAAGAAGGGAGGCAAACCUAAGUCGGCCAGUCUUAACUUUAUCAGACAAAAGAGACAGAAACAAGCAACGCAGAAAGGAAAUGAGGCCAGCAAGAAUGAUCAAGCUGAUGGAGAAACUCCUGCAGACCAACCUGCUGCUUCUACAAGUGGGGCAGAGGUGAAGAAAAGGAGGAGGGUUCAGAAGACAGAGCUCCACGGAGAGGGAGAGGAGGCACCACAGAGGAGGAGCACCAGGCUGGCGGCCAGGCCCCCCAUAAGGUACAAAAGGAAAUACACCAAGAGGAAGCUAGAGGAUGUUACAUUGGAAGAUGAAGAAGAAGAAGAUGAGGAAGAAGAUAAGGAGGAAGAAGAUGGUCAUGAAGACCAGGAUUCACUCCAAAAUGGAAUAGCUAUGAAAGAGGAGGAGAAUGCAGACAUCUCUGGUCAGCGUGUCAGUGUUGGAGCUUCGUCACCAGCUGCAAUGGAGAGUGAAGGUCCGGCAUGCGACAGCAUUGCUGAAUCUCAGGCUGACAAUGUAGAGACUGGUGUGGACGGUGGAAGUCCAUCGCAAAAAGACAUUCCUGGGCAGAUUACUUUACUCAUAUCUUCCCCAGAAAAGGGACUAAGGUCUGCUGGAGCGACUCCUUCAAAGCUCAAGGAGGCGGGGCACGGGGACCUGAGCCAGUCUGACAAUGAAGCAUCACCAUACGAGAAAUACGACAGGUACAAAACCGGGAUGAAGUCUUCUGGUUCUGACGAGCUAGGCAGCCCAUCACAGGGAGGGACUCCACUCAAGAGGCCCCUGGAAGAUGCUAGUGCAGGCAUGCCCCCUGGGACGGAAAGAGGAAGUACAAGAAACGUAGGACCAUCAGGGAUAUGCUUCAGGAGGUGGGAAAGAAUGAGGGGCUAAUACAACAUGUACAUGUGAAACAGGAUAGCAACACAAACCAUUGACACCUGAAUGUGGAAAGUUCUUGUAUGUGUUUGCACAUAAAGGGCCUUGAAUAAGCUGAAGAAUAUCAAAUGAUAGACAUGUUGCAGUCUAAGUAUUUGUAACAAACAUGAAUUGAAAGAUGCAUAAGAUGAAAUCUACAGAUAUAUUUCUGUUUUAUCAAUAACAUAACUAACCAUAACAUCAUACUGAUGAUUCAAAAUCUUUUCUUAUGCCAACUACAUGUUGUAUAGUAUGGUUAUUCAUUCUACUUACAGCUAAAAUAUGGUUGUAUGUAAACACUAUGGAAUAUUUACAACUUACUAAUUUCUUAUAUCGAACAUAGCUGUGUUAAUGCUAUGAAAGUAAGCCCCUACUUGCUUUGUAUGAUCUGAUGAAAACUGCAGCAAACAGAAGGCCAACAAUCAACAGUCUUUCCAAUGAAACUUUUUUUUUAUGCUUAUGUGUGGAAGAUUUUUCUAAGAGCACUUUUCUGUUCCAUGUUGUUAUCAUUCUAUGUUGUUAUCAUACACUUCUUCUUUUCUGUGAACAGAAAUCAGUAUAUAUGAUACAUAAUUCAGUUGGUAUGGUACUACAUUUGUAUAUUUUUAAGAGAUAUAUCUUUUUCAUACUGAUGAGAAUACCAAAAAUGAGCUAUAUGUCUUAUAUGUGAAAUCAUGUAGGGAAGGCCUGAAUUGUUCACUGUUGAGAGAUGUUAUAUUUUGUUAUUCAGAGUUCAACUUGUUUCACAUGUUAAAAGUUGUGUGUGACUCUUCAGAAGUCUAGCCAAGGAGGUUCUAUAACAUUUCUAUCUCUAAUGUGACAUUAAAUCUUGAAGUUAAACAAAGGCAAGUUGAGGCAACUGUUAUAUGUGUUGUGUAUUUUACUAUCUGGAUGUUUAUAGCAUGGCAAGGUUGACUACUUUUAGAAGCAACUUAGUGAAGAGAUUGAUAUGAUGGGAAACUUUGAAAACAAAAUUUCCAUAUUAAAGAUAGCCUGAUAAGGCCACACCAAACUAUUUGUUACUUUUCGGAUUUCUUCUGAAAAAGAUUGGACCGACAGG